GUCGACUAGGCCGCGCUCGCUCAGCCGGUAGGUUACGGGGGAUGCUUCCGGGCCAAGAGCGUGAGGAGCAUGAUAUAAGAGAACAAGUGAGAGCGCUAUUCUGCUUUGCAUGCGUACGUUUUUAAUCGGUUAGAGGUAGUAGCGAUUAUCAGAUUUGUAUCUGUUUGUAUUUAUUAGCUGUUUCUCCUGUCGGCCAAGGUUUGUUUGAAGCACCUUUAAUCAACCGGAAGAAGAAGACGUCCACGCGCCCUCACACGGAACCGAGGACGUCGAGUUAUACAGUGCAAGAUGUCUUACUCAUCCCGAAGUUCCUCUCGUGCCACUGACUGUAAGGUCUAUGUCGGUGACCUUGGCAAUGGUGCAGCCAAAGGUGAGCUGGAGCGAGCCUUCAGUUACUAUGGACCGUUGCGGAGUGUGUGGGUCGCCCGGAACCCUCCAGGUUUCGCCUUCGUAGAGUAUGAGGAUGCCAGAGAUGCAGAGGAUGCCGUAAAGGGGAUGGAUGGAAAGGUGCUUUGUGGAGCCCGCGUGAGAGUUGAGAUGUCUAAUGGUAUGUCCAGAAAGUCCCGUUAUGGCCGUCCCAGCCGCAGACAGUUUGACCCCAACGACCGCUGUUACCAGUGUGGGGAAUCUGGUCAUUAUGCCUACGACUGUUAUCGUUUCAGCAAGAGGCGUAGUCGACGCAGCAGGUCAGGCUCCCGCUCUCGGUCCAGAUCUCGUGGCCGGCGCUACCGCUCUCGUAGCCGUAGCAAUGAAAGAAGGGACCGUUCACCUUCAUACUCAAAACGCAGAAGCAGGUCAGGUUCUCCGGCCCGCUCUAGAUCCAGAACCCCUGUGCGGCGCUCGCGUUCACCUGUACGCAGGUCGAAAAGCCCUGUCCGAAGGUCCAGAUCCAGAACACCUGUCCGUAGAGACAGGUACUCUCGCUCCCGUUCACGAUCUGGUUCUAGACAGAGGCAACGUAGUGUGUCCAGAUCUCGCUCUCGGUCUCGUUCGGUCAGUCACAAGAAAGACGGUCAUUCCAGGUCUGCCAGCCCAAGGAGAAGUCCAACACCGGAUGCUGACUGAUCUGAAUACUGAUGCUUCACUCCCAUUCCCCACCUUUGCCUCAGGGCUAAAAUACAUUUUUAUCUCCCCAUGAUUUCAAUACUGGUUCUACUGUAGCUACAAAGCUAUUUCUUCUCCCUCUCCACAUUUUAAUGAAAGCUCCUCGUAAAAACAACACCAUUUCCCUUACCUUUUACGUAUCCCCCUUUUUUCUCCUCCCUCCUUCAGUCUUGUAAACACCUUUUUUUUUUUU